AACGGUAACGGUUAUUUGAUGAUGUGUCUUUCAUUACCGAACGUGCUAUGGGAGCUAAGACGUGACGAAGCAUCUGGAUUUCGGAGAGGAAUGUCAGAGGUUUUUAUCUGAAAUACAAUGUUGAAGUUUUAGUUCAGUAUAGUUUAAUUGCUUUGUCACAAUUUACAUAUUUUUCAAGAGUACAAGGAAAUAUUAUGUAUAACAAACUAAACAACGAUAAGAUUACAAGACAAAUAUAGUUGUGCAUGAUAGGAGAGAGAACCGGACUGUAUAAAACAACGGUAACUCCGAAAAUAAACAUUUUAAUAUUCUAGCUUUCGACUAUAAGAUUCAGAAAUCAUCAGGAAUCAACCUGGAAAUAAUAUAUAUAUAUAUAUAUAUAUAUAUAUAUAUAUAUAUAUAUAUAUAUAUAUAUAUAUAUAUAUAUAUAUAUAUAUAUAUAUAUAUAUAUAUAUAUAAAAUAUAUAUAUAUAUAUAUAUAUAUAUAUAUAUAUAUAUAUAUAUAUAUAUAUAUAUAUAUAUAUAUAUAUAUAUCUCUCUCUAUAUAUAUAUAUAUAUAUAUAUAUAUAUAUAUAUAUAUAUAUAUAUAUAUAUAUAUAUAUAUAUAUAUAUAUAUAUAUAUAUAUUAUAUAUAUAGUAUAUAUAUAUAUAUAUAUAUAUAUAUAUAUAUAUAUAUAUAUAUAUAUAUAUAUAUAAUAUAUAUAUAUAUAUAUAUAUAUAUAUAUAUAUAUAUAUAUAUAUAAAAUUAAAAGGCUGUUUUUAUUUCAAUCCGCGUAACGUAUAUCGUACCACGAAAUCAUGCAGAUACAGAUCGGUGGGCUAGCUGCUCAUACUUUAUAUAUCACUUAACAAUACGACAUAUUAAGUUUAUUAAAACAGCAAUUUUAAGCUCCAAAAGUGCAUGGAUCUAGUUUUUUACAGGUCAGUGAAAGAAAUACGGAAGAGCUAUAACUUAAUUUUCCGAAUUAUUUUGAAAGUUAAUUCAAACUGGUGGCUAAUGAAAGAUUAUUGACAUUAACACUGAAAAUUCACUGAUUGAAUUAAUGAAAUACCCUUCUGUUCUGAGAUGUCCCAUAUCCUUCCUGAAAUUAAACACUAGGCCUAAUCAGAAAUUUAGCUUGUCAUUUCAAGUAAUUCAGGAUUAUUUAUGAAACGGAUGCUAGGCUUUUUGUCGCCAGUUUCCGCUGUUCACACAUUAGUCGAAUUUCUUGUUGGAUGCAAUUGUAAGUCCUUCUGAUGCAUGUGAUUUUACAUAGGAAAGAAGCACCGGCAGUAUUCAUCAGUUUUGAGCCAACGAUCCCUGAUACUCUCACGGCUUUUGUAUAAUUUCGCUACAUUUCAUCGUCAAAUGAAGAAAAUCCAAUCCAUCAGAUCUACAAUACGAGUUACCGAGCUGCGCUGUUUCCACUGCGCAUCCAUAUGACGCACGCCAUGCAGUUUUACGUCGGGAAAAUUGCAGUUGAAUGAAUUAGAAUUAGCCGAAUGUAUAUGCAUAUCAAGUAUGUCACAGUUUGAAUAUGCAAAAAGUUACUCAAAGCGGUUGAUUCCCUUUCAAAUUACAAAAAAUAUAUAUUGCCUUGAGUGUACCUUUCUCUAUUUUGCUUUACAUGCACAGACGAGCCGAGGACAGUCAAAAUAUGCUCAUAGCCAUAGAGUCAUAUAGUACAAAAAUUAUUUAAUGACAGUUCUACUGUGGCAAAUGAAAUAUACAAAUAAUGUUGAACAGCUGAAUACUAUAUGUCUAUGACGCAUGCAAUUUUAGCCAUACAUGUUAUGAUUCAACUGCAAUGAAUUAAACCAAUUCGGAGUUUCCAAUAGUACUAGCAAUUCGGAUGAAAUCGCAAUUUAACUAUAUAACAUACAUGUAGCUGAGAUUGGAAUAAUGUGGAAUAUGCACAUCACUAAAUUAUUCAACUGUUCAAUCAUUUGCAUAAUCAACGAUUAGCCGUUUCCGCCGGUACGGUUGAUUCGCUUUAAAUUACCAAUAUAUAUAACUUAGGCACCCUAUACAAAUAUACACUUUUCAGUUUAUUUUGCUGCAUACAGAAGACAAAAUGAUGCUACUACAAAAAAUAUUUAAUGCAGUUCUAUUAUGCUACUAUUAAGUGAAACAUAAAUGGUAAUUGAACAGCUGAAUACUUUGUCUUUGAUAUGCAUAUUUUUGACAUAUAUAUAGCGGUUUCACUGCAAUUUAUCAGAACGCAUCAUUUGUCCCAAAUGUACCAUUUGGUCCAUUCGGCAACUCCCAAAUUUUGGGAGUUGCCGAAGUAGUGUUCUACGCUGGUCAUGCUAUAUGCUCAAUACAUUUCUAAUAAUGCAAAUUAUUAAACAUUUGCAUAUCAUGAUCUGUUGCUAUGUCUAGCUUCGCCACUACUUGCCACUCUUACCGACCGAGUGUGACCAGAUUUUUCCAGAGGUUAUUAUUAACCGCUUUGUUGUUCAAAAUAUUAAUGUACUAAAUCCCGAAAAAUUGUACCAAAUUUUGCCCCCACCCCGCGGGUUAAUAAAAAUCCGUGAUAACUGCAGUAUACGCAGGGGACGAGGUUGAUCAAUAUUUUAAAAGUAUUAGCUUAAUGCGGCAGGUACUGAAUAUUUUCGUCGGCUUUGACAAGACAAUCAAGGUUGACUAUAGCCUGAAAGACCACUAAUUUCCUAUAUGAUCUAUAUCAUGCUUGAAAUUAGCGGGUUUGGCCGGCUAGAAAUUAAACUUUCAUAUUACUGAAUCCUUUUAGUAUCUCUAUAUUACACAAAAACCAUUCAAACACGAAUUUUUACCAAAAAUGCUGAAUCAUUAAAAUUUACUAAAAAAAUUCCAAAAUUUCCGAAAUUUUACCACAGUUCACAAGUAAAAUAUUUUACCAAAUCUGGUCACACUGAAUCAACUGUUAUCAACUCUAGCUCAUCAUAUUUGGGGGCUUAACACAAUACAUCCAAAGUGUCUGACUCGACGAGGGACCAUUAUGCGCCAUGCCCAAAAUUGACAAGCGAAUCAGUUUUGUUGAGCUGAGCUGUUUGUUUUCAUACGAGCUAAAUUGGUGGGAUUGUUACUAAUUUAAACUGCAGACAUACUGUGACUUAUUUCAAUACAUUAAAAAUAUCUCACUGUGUUAGACGUUUUGGCAACAGGGAUCAUUAAGCACAAGCCCAAAACUGAUGAAUGGAUGACUUUAUUGAGAUGAGCUUAUUGUUUUCAUAUAUGCUAAAUUAGUCUAAUUGUUGCUAAUUUAAACCACACAACGCAAUUUGCGGUCUGAUGAUAAAAAGGGCGCCAUACAAAAGGGAUGGACAAAGAAGACAAUACAAAACAAUACACUCCCAGCACUCGCGUUAUUUCUGAAACACGCCGAAUAAAAAGAUAGGUGUUAAUUUUAAAUCUCGCCUUGAGUUGUUAUUUUGCCGUAAACAUACCCGUGUUUGGCGUCUGUGCGUGAAUGUGUUUUUCACAUAUUUACUAAAACAGUUGUUUGACGGCUUGUAAAAACAAUUCACACUUGGCGAGCGUAGGCGGCAUCUCGGCAGUUCACGUUAUAUCUAUAUAUAUAUUUUUAUAAUGGUAGCUCAGUUUCUGAAGGCCGUUUGCCCUUUGUACGGUCGCUUUGCCAGUAUGGGACGAGCGAACUUGUUGAAUAUACGCGGUUUUCAGUCCGCUUUAGCUCUCGCGCGAAAACGCUGUGAAAGUUGAACUGCAUUCACUUUUUGGCGUGCACACACGAUGCGCGAUCGACUAAAUCCGCACGUGACUUGCGCAGGUCCGUAAUGGGAAACUGAGUCAUUUAUGCGUCCAGAAAUAUCCUCAUUGGUACAGUAUUAUACUAUACAAGAAGUACCCUAGACUAAAGUAACGAUAUAUUUACACAAAAUAGACGUCUCAAUUCCAACGGGUAUGUUACACGAGACCAAUCUUUGCUGCAUGCAAAUUGCGUUGCCAUGGCAUUGAAAAAGUGAGCAAACUUCACGAAAGGCCUAAGCUUGAUGCGUCGCAAUUCUGCUCGUAUUUUUGGGUAGCUUAAAGGCCCGUUUAUACACUUGCGAUUUUAGGUGCGAUUUUCCUCUUCUGAUGGAUGUGAACGAGCGGAUGAGUUAUGAAUGUUCAUGCAGAUGAGGUGACAGCUGAUAAACGCAGAACAUUCAUAACUCAUCUACUCGUUCACAUCCAUCAGAAGAAUUAGGAAAUCGCACAAGAAAUCGCAGCAAAAGCGAGCCUUAUAUAAGAAGUAUGGCAUGGUCGGCAAUUUUUUUUCUUAGACAUUCAAUAUAUCUAUCCCAGGCCUCGAAUUUCCCUGAAAUCAAUCGACGGCAAUGGCGUUAAAAAUUGCCGUGGAACGUAACAGCUGUCUACGGCAAUUUUGGCAGUUUCCACAGUAUUUUGAGACUAAAAUAGUGAUUUACGCAUGAUUUGAUCAACAUCUGAAUUCAAGUAUCAAAGAUAAAAAUUGCACUAUACGGCAAAAAAUUGCCGUCGUUGCCGCAAUGAUCCACGGCAUUUUGUUCUCCCUCUACGGCAAUUGCCGCGAUAAAAUUCGAGCCCUGAUCUAUCCUAUUCAAUAUUCCUAUCUUAGGGGGAUGCUCAUUCCAAUUUACUUCGAAUAUUCAUAUUCUUACUAAAAAUACACAUAUUCCCACCCGAAACAUUCAUAUUAAUUCUUACCACAAAUAUUUAUUUUCAAACCAUAGUUUAGAAGUCAGCAUUCAAUAUUCAAUAUUCCGCUUCUGGCCCCGAAUAUGGCAGUUUAAUACAAUGUAACUGGAUGCAUGCGUGAAGACUGAUGGCUGGAAUAAUUAAACGUUAAUAUUUAAAGUGUCAAAAUACGCUAUCUCGCAAAUCUAUGCGUUUCAACAUAGGAAACAUAUAUACAAUAAAGUGGUGAACUAUAGGACAAUAUAAUGCACAUUUCGGCAUACUUCAGAAGGCUUUUCUGCGCAAUGUUUGCUGUAAUUACAGUCCCGGCAAAUAACACACCGCGAUAGUUUAUAAUUGCUGUCAAAUAUGUUUAAAUACAUAUUGUGAUAAAGGUGAGGUCUGACCUUCUGACAUUGUAUUUGGGUUGGAAAUAACAUGAGCCCCCCACUGCGCUUCUGCUCUGCCAUUUACGUCGUCGACCAGGUCAAAACAGGAAUGAUUGAAGUCAGUGCCUCAUUGGCUAAUCCUGAUUAUGCAAUUUAUGAAAUUCAAAUGAGACUUGCGGUACUAAUUGUCACAUACUCUUUGUUAUCAUUAGAUCUACAGUUUGAUAACAAGCGAACGACGUAUGACAACCACGAACUCUCGACACAAUUUUUAUUUGAUUGCCUUAGUCUCAACUUGGUUCCGUGGGAGUACCAACAUGGCUCGGUUAAUGAAACUGGCUUUGACUCUAUGUCUCAUUACAUGCAUGAUCAUAGACAUCUGUGAUGCCGAAGCGAAGCCAAAGGCAAAGAAAUCUCGAUCAAGAAAUGGCCGUAGAUGCCCGUCUGCGUGUCUACGGAAAAUCCGAGAUAUCAAGCAAUAUAAAAAG